UUUGCUACUCAAUAGGAGUGCGUGUCAUGUUACGUUUUAAAGCUUCAAGUGAAAAAUGCUCUAUCAAAUGGAUUUCUUCAAAUAAGUUACUUGUCUAUAGCAUAUAUUUUAUCAAAAAUGCUCACAAAAGCGCUUUAAACUUGAAGCAACUAACCACUAACCACUAACAAGAACUUUAUAUUUAAACAUUGUCAGUUUGGCGUACGACAGAAACACAUCGUCAGAUUAAGCAAAAACUAAUCGUGAAUAAGCUGAAUCAUAGGUUAUCAUUUUUCCAAACGUUUUAUGUUCUACAUUAAGCGGUUAAAUGAUGCUGGAAUCAUUUGACAAGAAAAUGGUGCUCUUUUCGUUUGCGUUGUACGUGUGUGCAGUUGGCGUCAGUUCGUAUGCAACGCCUACGGAAAACACAUUAACUUUUCUUCCACUAAACGGAUACAAUGAUUUACUUGAAUGCACAUCAUCUUCAGAAGGCAUUGCGUUCAAUUUUACCAAAGCCUCCAACAAGGAAACGCUUUUUGUAGCAGAAUGUUUACGCGAUGAAAAAUCAUGCACGUUAAGAAGCAAGGAUAAUUAUGUCGUAUCUAAAACUGACAACGGUGGGAUACUUGAAAUUUUGAAUCUUAGUGAUGAAACGUAUGGCAACUACACAUGUUUCCAAAGCAGUCAACGAGAAAACGCAAAGCAUAUUUAUGUAGGAUACACAGAUGAAACGCAUUUAAAUGCAGUAAAAUUCACCAAAGUACUUGGACGCAAGGACGUACUUGUAUGUGAAUCAAACAAUUCAAUUUCAUUUAAAUAUAAAAAUGCUUCGAGUGGAAAAGAGGAUGUUAUAGCGGAGUGUGUGCAUAACUUGCUUUGCUAUGUAUCUGUAAACAAUAACUUUAAAGCUAUAAAAAGCAUGAAUGGUGGCAUACUAGUCAUCAGAAACGUCACCAAAGAAACGGAAGGGAUAUACACGUGUUUCGAAACAAAUAACAAGACAAACGAAGUGCAAAUAAGUGUCAGAGUGAGUGCAGAAACAGAACCAACACGACCAACGUCAACACUUGCAACAGACGUAUCUACUAAAACCUCAGAUGAUUCAUUAAAUACGGGUUUCAUAAUAGUUUCGGUAUUUGCUGGAGUCAUUACCCUAGUGCUUAUACUUUCGGCAACGUAUAGAAAAUGUCGAAAACAUUAUUGCCGAACAAAAAAGAACGAGGAGGGAAAUGACAGUGUUUUGCAUCACAUAAUGCAGCAGGACAAAAGUACAUGUACAGAGAAUGUCUCAACUGAAUCGACGCUGCUGCCCGAGGUGGAUAAUACCCGUGAUUUGAUAAACAAAACGCCGCAGGAUACCGAAGAUCAGGACAAUGUUUCGACUGAAUUGACGCAGACGAAUGAAGACGACAAUGACGCUAGCUUUAUGGCAAUGAAACAGGAUGUACAUGAAGGCGAACGAAUGCUGCUUUUGGAGCAAAGAAUACCAGUUUCGAUUUAAAUGAAGAAGGACGAAAACUGCUUUUGGGCGAAGUUUACCAGUUCCGAAAGUAACUGAUAGCAAUGCAUUUUAUCAAAACUAACAAAGUCAAUGGUUUAUGAGCUAUGAAAACAAUGCGACGGGAGUCCUGUAUGCACAUGCAUACGACUGCUUGAAUAUUUUGGAAAGCAGUUUGGCUUCAACACUUUCUCGAUAUCUGUUUUACAAGAAUAGUAAUAUUAUUUCGAGAGAAUAAACUUCUUUGAAAUAUCACAUAAAUAGUUAUCAUAAAGAAUGCGUUGUGAGUUCACAAACAUAAGGUGGUAAAGCGACUUCUCAAAUAAGAGAAACGUCCGUCGCUUCGACAAAAUAAGCAAUCGUAGCAUAAAGCGCAACAUCGGGACAAAAAAAAACAUAGGUUCGAUUUUGAGUUGCUUUCUUAUAGAAUAUACGUUAAAUAUCAUAGACACGAUCAUUCGUUCCCACAAAACACUAUUAAACAGUGAGAAAAUGAUUGUUUCAUUGUCUUUGUAUCCUUAACCGGAAGAAAAGCUGCACAGAAACUAAACAUGACACUUUGCCUGUUUUGUACUAUAUUGUAUCCAUUUAAUAAUUACAAUCUUACUUCAAACAAUCUUAUACAUUAUUUAAUAUUGUUUAUGAUGUGCACUGCUUGCAUAGCAGUAGACGGCAUUUAUAUGACUUAAUCUAAGUAA